AUGGACGGAGAUGGAGCGAAGGCUGAGAAUGCAACAAAAAUUGUGGAGCCACCGAUAACAGUACCAAAUCCAAGAAAUAUUCAGUCAACGGUUGCUCAAGUGACUGUAGCUUCAGUACCUGGACAAUCUAAGUAUGUUCAACUGCUCAGUGUUAUUGAGGAGCUUGGCAGAGACAUACGUCCAACGUAUGCAGGCAGCAGGAGUUCAGCUGAGCGAAUAAAGCGUGGUAUCGUUCAUGCAAGAAUUCUAGUCAGAGAAUGUCUCGUUGAGACUGAGAGAAGCGCUCGGCAGAAAUUGAUUCUUCAUUUCUCUAUUUUAUUACGGGAAAUAGAAUUUGUUGUUGAGCAGCGCCGAAAUUCUCAUUUUCGUUGA